UAUCUCUGUGGGCCCACCAAAGCAUUUCGUUGCCCGGGCUGUCGACAACAACGGUGGCAGGAAAUUCCCGUCCCUUCUGGGAUCCUCUCCCACCAUCACCGCAUAAAAGGCGCCAUCUGCUACCCUCUUCGUUUGAACUUCAAAAUCACCCCCUCAUUUCCUGCAUUCUCCUCCCGAACCCUAACUUUCUCUACUUUCGGAAACCCUAGCUCUCUUUAUCUCUCAUCCAUCCACAAUGGUGUCUCCUUCGUACGCCAUGGAUUCUCAGAUCAAAGCUCAGGAUCUUGCCUCCACCAUCCUCUCAUCCUCAUCCCCGCCUCAGAUCUCCACGGCUUGCUCCGCCAUCGAAUCCUUCCUGCAAAAGCACGUCCCCGAUCAGACUCGAUCCUUCUUUGCCAUCACUUUCCCCGCCCUUAUCUGCAAGAUAUUCGGCUUCGACGACUCCUCCAGCUCGUCGCAGAAACCGCUCUCAUCCGGCGGUUGGAUCGAUCAGAUUCACGCGUCCAACGAUGCUGGGCUGGCAGGUAAGGUAUUCGACCUCCUCUCCCCGUCAGGAAUCCUGCUUUCUUCAAUCUUCGCCGUUGAUCGUCACUCACUCGUGAAAUACGUUUUCCCGGUCGAGAGGUUGCCGGAGUGGGCCCGGGUUGUGCUCCAGAGUGAGAGGGAUCCCUCCAUUUUGUCAGACUUGUGCCCGCUGUUCAAAGGCCGAGUUAAGGAGGAUCCAAUCAGUGGGUCUUUCCAGGUCCAUUUGAAUGUCUUUGAAUACUAUAUGUUUUGGUUUGCUUAUUAUCCUGUUUGCAAAGGAAAUUGUGAUGGUUCAGGUCCUGUCGUUGUUAGGAAAAAUCGACGGUUCAGAUUGGAGAACUGGACUUCAUCUUUGCCGGUUUUGGCUAGUGCGGCCCGUCUAUCAGGGCAGAAACCGGAGUGUAACUUGUACACACGGCUUCUUUAUGCUUAUCUGCGUUCUUUUGUGCCGAAUUUUUGUUUGAUUGCUUAUCAGCCAUACCGCAGUUCGCUUCUCCAUUAUUCAUCGGCAAGUGACAAUUCAGUUAGGUUGCAAGCGGAAUUCCUGGUUUAUACAUUAAUACACUUUUGGUUGGUUGAUAAUGACUUCUUGGCACUGCGUUUGAAUUUUUGCCGUUCGUUCAAUAUGUCUUUCCCAUUCAGAGCGGUUUUGGGUGAGACUCCUCCCACAGCCGGUUUGGGAGAAGUUGUGAAGUUGCUGGUGAAGUAUUUGAAUACUAGUGUGGUUGUUAGUAAAGAAGGUGCAGAUCUCAUGGAGUACAAUAGGACACAGAAGUGGAGGGUGAUGGGCUCAGCUGAUUCUGUAAAGUCAAGGACCACUGGACCGCUGCUUUCUUAUGGGAAUUCUUUUGGUUCUUGGAAUGUUUUGAUGCAAAGGCCAUUGUACAGGUUUAUAUUGAGGACAUUUCUGUUUUGCCCAAUCGGUACUUCUAUAAAGAAUGCUUCUCAGGUUUUCUCCGUGUGGGUUACUUACUUGGAGCCUUGGAAGAUUGGUCUGGAAGAGUUUGCUGAGCUUGAUGCACUGGAAUGUAGAUCAAGUGACAUUUCAAGGAAUGAGAAUGGCCAGUCUCCAGUGAAAACGAACCCCACUAAUCAAGGGUAUCAAUCAGAGGGUCUGUUCUGGCAGGGUUAUGUCGAGUCCAAUUAUCUGUUCUACAGCUCCUUGCUUGUGCACUUCCUUGGAUUUGCGCAUAAGUUUCUUCAUGCCAAUGCAGAGACAAUAAUUGAGAUGGUGCUGAAGGUGUUAAGCAUUUUAACAUCAUCCAAAGAACUGAUGGAACAUCUAAAGAAAAUUGAUGCUUCAUAUCAUUCAAAAUCCAGUGGAUCUUCCUCAGCUAUGUUUGACAGUUCAUACAAAUGUGUUCCAUCCAUUCGAGAGCAAUUAGAGGAUUGGGAGGAUGGCUUAUGUGAGAGUGAUGUUGAUGGAUCCUUCUUACAUGAGAACUGGAACAAGGAUUUACGACUUUUCGGUGAGGGAGAAGACGGAGGAAAGCAAUUGCUUCAGCUGCUGAUUUUGCGGGCUGAACAUGAGAUCCAAGCCAUUUCUGGCGAUAAUCUGGGAAAGAACCUCCGGACUCUGGAUUCUGUAAAGGCCGGGAUGGGCAGCCUGUUUGGUGACAUGGCUGGAAAGCCUGCUUUGGUCGUGCCAGAGCUGAUGCACAGUCGCGAUGAGGUGUUCACACCCAAGCACCCAGGAGUCGGCAAACGCACUUGGGCUGACGUCCAAUACAAAGGAGACUGGAUGAGGCGGCCCAUCUCUGACGGAGAGGUGGCGUGGCUGGCGAGGCUGCUCAUCAGGUUGUCAAUUUGGCUGAAUGAGACUCUUGGGUUAGACCGGGCAGAAAGUGUCCCUGUGGGUCUGGUCUGUGAUUAUGCCGAUGUGCCUGGUGACAACGCGGGCCAUGUGGGUGGAUUGAAAGAGGCUCUAUGGACGGUGUUAUCUUCAGUUGGGUUGUGGCUUGUGUUCUUGGGUCAUGCAGCGGUGAGGUUCAUGAGGGAGCGUGGGCUGAGGAUAAACUUGAGGGUGUUGGCAUCCAAGAAAUUUGUGAUGAUUUUGAUUUUAUACGCUGUUUUCAGUGUAUUGAAGAAAGCUUGUGGGCUGUAUUUGUAUCCGUCGUCCCUUUGGGCCUCUUUGGUACGAUAGAAUUAUCAUCUGCUA